AGAUACGGGACACUUGAAGUGGAUGCGAACGGCAGGAAGGCUUGAUUCCGUAGCCUCGCCAGGAUGGGCAAAGAUAAGAAGAAAGACAGCAAAAAGGGAGAGAAAUCUUUGCCCCCGCCUGCGGCACACGAUGCACCCCUCGAUGCCGGCAGCUCCCUACAGACCAUUUUGGCAGCAGGAAAUCAAGGGGACGAUCAGCUGGCGGCCUCUUUGCUGGCCAAGGAGGAGCCGAAAGAGCCGGGAGUGGUGCCGGUCCCAGAGCCCAUCGAGUACGAGGAGCCCAUCCUCACGCGGCUCAUUGUGGAAAGCUACGAAGGCGACAAAGUCCGUGGAUUGUACGAGGGAGAAGGAAUAGCAUAUUUUCAAGGGGGCAAUGUAUAUAAGGGCAUGUUUUCCGAAGGCCUCAUGCACGGACGAGGAACUUACACGUGGGCGGAUGGAGUGAAGUACGAGGGGAACUUUGUCAAGAACCUGCAGAUGCAGCACGGCAGCUACACUUGGCCCGAUGGCAGCAUCUACGAAGGGGAAGUGAAGGCUGGCAUCCGGCAUGGGUUUGGCAUGUAUAAGUGUGGCACGUACCCCGUUUCCUAUAUCGGCCAGUGGGUCGAUGGCAAGCGGCACGGCAAGGGCACCAUUUACUACAACAAGGAAGGCUCCUCUUGGUACGAAGGGGACUUCGUCUACAAUGUCAAAAGCGGAUGGGGGAUCCGAUGUUACAAAUCUGGAAACAUCUACGAAGGCCAGUGGGAGAGGGACAUGCGCCAUGGAUCGGGGCGGAUGAGGUGGCUGACCACGAACCAGGAAUACACUGGGAAGUGGGUGGAUGGAAUACAGCAUGGUUUUGGGACCCACACUUGGUACCUGAAGAGAAUACCCGGCUCGCAGUAUCCCCUGAGGAACGAAUACGUGGGAGACUUUGUCAACGGGGACCGCCACGGAUCCGGGAAGUUCUUCUUUGCCAGCGGAGCCAUGUACGACGGGGAGUGGGUCUACAACAAGAAGCAUGGCAUGGGUAAGCUUGUGUUCAAGAAUGGACAUGUGUACGAAGGUGAAUUUAUAUAUGACCACAUUGCCGAAUAUCCCACUCUUCAAAUUGACGACAUAAAUAUGCAGGAUCUGAGCUUCAUUCGAACAAAGAUUCCCUUUGGCAAAGAGAGCAUCAAAGUGGUUGAUGGCCCAGGUGAUGCCUCUACCUUGGGAACCAAUAUUGAGAUAGACAUUUCUACGUUGCUGGCUAUAUUUCCAGAAAAAGACCGGAAAGAAGAAAUCAAGCAGACGGAAUUUGCAGUGCUGAGGCACAUCUCUGAACUAAGGCGGAUCUACACCUUUUACAGCAGCCUGGGGUAUGACCGCUCAAUCGACAACACCUUCCUGAUGACGAAGCUUCAGUUCUGGCGCUUCUUAAAGGACUGCAGGUUCCACCAUUGCAACCUCACUCUGGCCGACAUGGAUCGGAUCCUGAACGACAAAACACUGCCGGAAGAGAUCCAUUCCCCGUACGAGACCUUACUCCUGCGGAUGUUUUUGACGUAUCUGAUUUAUUUGGCCUUCCACAUCUACCAGAAGGAGUUCGACGACACAACUCCCCGCCUCUUCAAGUGCUUCUCCAAACUGAUGGCGGAGAACAUCGCUCCCAAUGCCUGCCAGAUCAAAGGAGUCUUGUUUGGUGAGCGGCAGCAAGCUGUCUACGCCAUCAAUUACAUCGACAAGUGUUGGGAGAUAUACCGGGAUUUCUGCCGACCGAGUCCCCUCCCUCCGCAUGAACCUACCAUGAAGAUGAGGCAGUUUCUCUGGAUGCUGAAAGAUUUAAGGCUCAUCAGUAAGCAACUCACAGCCACCAAAGUUGUGAACAUUCUGGCCAAAGAGAGCCCAAUUGUCCGCAAUGGGGAGGACACAAAUUUGGAGCAUGAGAUGGUGUUCCUUGAGUUUUUUGAAGCCCUGCUGGACUGCGCUCUGCUCUUCGUCACGGACGAGAUGCUGAAGCGCCAGGCGGAGGAGGCCAGCCAGUCAGGCAGCUCCUACAGGACGGAGGACUUUGUGGACGGGGCCCGGCUCUCCCCGCUCCCCCAGGACCACUCCUCCGGACAGUCUGCUCAGACCAGAAGCACAAGCAGCGGGGAAGCGAGCAACGAGACGACCGACGCCACUCGCCGCCUGAGCUCCAAGUCGUCUGCUAGCAAGAUUGUGCACUUUGUUGAAGUCAGCAAGACAAAGAAGUCCGAGAAGGGGAAAACCAAGGAGGGCAAAAAGGAAGAGAAAGCGUCUCGACAUGGCUCAAAAUCAUCCAGCAAAGAAAGGACCCGUUCUCCCCCAUCGCCCGCAAUGACGAGUGUCACCUUCACUGCUGCUGAGGAAGACAAAGGUGAAGAGGAAACACCAGCGCUGACAACCUCAGGAGUGGAGCAGGAGGUGCUUCUUAGUGUUCCAAUGAAAGAAUUGGCAGACAAGCUCCAAAGUGCCAAAAACGAACAGAAGGACAAGCACAGUUUGUGGAUGAGCCAGAUAUACAUUUUCUUCGUCAACAAAUUAUUUGCCAGCUACAAGCACUUGCAGGUCGUGAAGGAAACCAUUUUGGACAACAGGGUCUGGGAAACGGAACUACACUUACUGAGGAAGAUUCAGGAGGAGGAAGAAGACGCAAAGCUAAAAGCUAUGCGGGAGGCAGAAGAAUUAAGAAAACUGGAAGAAGCCGCAGCUGCAGCCGAGAAGGCAGCUUUAGAGCUGGAAGAAAGCAUGGGCCGAGAGAUGGAGGAGAUCUCUGUGCAGCCUCCCCCUCCGCCGAAAGAAGAGCCUCCCGUUGUGCCUCAAGUGCCGCCAAGCAGCAAGGCGACGGCAGGAGGGAAGAAGAAGAAGAAGGCGGCCCAGUAGAGCCACGUGACAUCCAUUCGUUGGGGCCUUUGAAUUGUACUAGUAAUAAAAGUAUUUUUAUGAAAUCAA